ACUCACGCACUUCCACGCACUGCGAGUCCGCGUGGAUAUAGUCUCCAAAGCACCAAUGUUGUUUAACUGUACGGAGGAUAUUUAACUUUUAUUUUCUGGGAGUGGAAACACUAAAACUCUUCGGAUUCUCUGGUCUCUUCUGGAUUUGCUGGUGCUACAUUUUGGACUUUUGACGCACUGCAAGUCCUGUGUGACUGCAGUGUGUUCGUUGGCAGGAGUGGUGAAUGUGUUCUCAGUGGGCUGACAAAAGGCUUUCUUCACGGAGUGGAUAGAUGUAGUGGCGGGGUACCGACACCACGCAGCGGCUCUUUCUUGGCAAACUCUGCGGUGCGAUGAGGAAGACGUGGAAGACUCUGGCUUCACCCAGCCGCACUGUAUAAAAAGGAAGAUUUGUGUGCAUUGUAAGUGUCGUCGAGAGGAGCAUGCAGUGAGCGCCAUGCCUGUGGAAAUGGAGAAGACGGUCACUAAGCUGAUGUACGACUUCCAGAGGAACUCCACUUCAGAUGAUGACUCUGGUUGCGCUCUGGAGGAGUACGCCUGGGUGCCACCAGGACUCAAACCUGAGCAGGUCCACCAGUACUACAGCUCCUUGCCUGAGGACAAGGUGCCCUAUGUGAACAGCCCGGGAGAGAAAUACCGAAUCAAACAGCUCCUCCAUCAACUCCCGCCACACGACAACGAGGUUCGCUAUUGCAACAGUCUGGAUGACGAAGAGAAGCGGGAGCUGAAGCUCUUCAGUAACCAACGUAAAAGGGAAAACCUUGGCCGGGGCAAUGUUCGCCCUUUCCCUGUGACGAUGACGGGCGCCAUCUGUGAACAGUGUGGAGGCCAGAUAAAUGGUGGCGACAUCGCUGUGUUUGCAUCUCGUGCCGGCCAUGGUGUGUGUUGGCACCCAGCUUGCUUUGUAUGCAGCAUGUGCAGCGAGCUGUUGGUGGACCUCAUCUACUUCUACCAGGACGGGAAGAUCUACUGUGGCCGGCACCAUGCGGAGAGGCUGAAGCCGCGCUGCACAGCUUGCGAUGAGAUCAUCUUGGCAGAUGAGUGCACCGAAGCAGAGGGCCGUCAUUGGCACAUGAAGCACUUCUGCUGUUUCGAGUGUGAGACGGUGCUCGGGGGCCAGCGCUACAUCAUGAAGGAGGGAAGACCCUACUGCUGCUCCUGCUUUGAAUCCCUCUACGCCGAGUACUGUGAUUCAUGCGGGGAGCAUAUUGGUAUUGACCAAGGCCAGAUGACGUAUGACGGGCAGCACUGGCAUGCCACAGAGGGCUGCUUCUGUUGUGCCCACUGCAAACGUUCCCUACUGGGUCGACCCUUCCUGCCCAAGCAGGGACAAAUCUUCUGCUCCCGUUCUUGCAGUUUGGGGGAGGAGCCCAACGGAUCGGACUCCUCAGAUUCUGCUUUCCAAAGCGCUCGCUCCACCAGAGAGUCCAGACGCAGCUCCAAGGCAGGAAAGAGCGUCGGUGGUGGAGGGCAGGCGGAGAAUUUGUCCGGCGAGGUGGACCCGUUGUCUUUACAAAUGGACCUACUGAGUCUCUCCAGUCAAACUCCAAGUUUGACUCGGGAGCCACCAGCCUGGCAGAACCAGAAGCAAGACGGGCACAAGUUUGAGUCUCAAUCUGAACCGGCCGCCAACCCCUCCCCGCUUCAGCUUCUCAGUCAGUGCAAUGUCAGAACAUCCUAUAACCCCCCAUGCACUGGACAGAACAAUCAACAGCAGGACCACAGGGUCAAGGAGAAUGGAGGUUUAAAGAGGCCACCCAUCUCCGCCAUGAAGGGUCACUCUCUGAAUGAGACGUGGUUCCAACAGCCAGCCCCAGAGGACUACUACCCCCCAAAACUGAAGACCCAAAAGAGUUUCACGGAGGUGUCUGAACUAUCUCAGCCCCACAGCGGAUUUUCUGCAGACAAGCGCUCCAUCAGUCUGCAUGGCUUCCAGAGGGACAGAGACACUGGUCCUCCAGCAGCAACCCAAGCAGCAAGAAGCAGGAACCCCAUCAAUGCACUUAGCUUCACUGAGCAACUGACCCCCCUACAGCAGACCCCAAGAGGAUCAAUGGAGUCCUUGUCCAUAGCCAACGCUGCAGAAGGAGGAGGGACACGGCAAGAGCACCUGUCUCGCUUCUCCAUGCCUGAUCUGAGCAAAGACUCUGGAGUGAACAUCUCCCAGAAAAGCAACAUGGACAACCUUAACUCCUCGGUCCAAUUCCGGAGCUCGGAGUCCCUUCACAGUGUCAACGGUGGUCAACCCUACAUGGAAAUAAACCCCCCCAGGUCCUCCCAGUACCAGCUGCAGUAUUGUGAGCCAUCCGGCACGGGUGUUGGCAGAAGCGCGGCUCAUUUACCACCCGGAUUCACCUACCAGGAGGAAGACAGGGUGAGCUUGGUGAGCAGUGCCAGUGCUGCACGCCUGCCACCCAUAAGUGAACGCAGGGUGAGCGGUGGUGUUGGUGGAGGAGGCGCAAGAGGAGCAAGUGUCAGGAUAGAAAUACCGGAGGAAACUCCUCAAAGACGCAGACACCACCACCAUCACCGCACCAGAAGAUCCCGGCGCUCUCGCUCAGAAAACGCUCUCAACUUGGUCACAGAGCGUCGCGUGAGACCACAAGAAAGACCGCAGCUUCACGUUCGAGAAGACUAUGAUCGCUUCCCUCCUCCGAGGAGUUCCAGGGACCAGUUUGGAGUCGGAGGAAGGGGAAGAUACCAACCGCAACUCUUUCGGCAGUGCCCCAGGACCACAUCAGACCUGACGCUUCAGAACCCGGGGGCCAGCCGGCGCACAGGCUUGAAUCAAUACUCCUGGGAUGAUUACGACGACGACUGGUGCUCCACCUGCUCUUCCUCGUCAGAAUCAGAGGAUGAAGGUUACUUCCUGGGUGAACCGAUUCCAAGACCCAUCCAGACGCGCUAUCUCAGCAAUCAGGAGCUUGUGCACAAGUACAGCACAGGGAUGGGAGGAGCCAACCGCAGUGCGCUGUUGACCACACACAAACGCAGAAAAAGCAAGAACUGCAUCAUUUCUUAACAAGUUGGCAUCUGGUCUGCCUUGCGCACACUGGCAUGCUCCUUCUGGAGAAAGACGAUACAAACAGCGUUGAGUGUUAAUCAGUAAUUUUAAUCAAAAGUCAAGUAACAAACUGCUGUGAUAACGCACCAGUGUUUGCAUGUGUCUUUUUGUAUUAAUCACUUACAGUAUCUUCUCUCACGCACCGCUCCAUCAUGUCCACGUUUUGUUUUUCUCGCUAAAGCUGAUGUGCAAUUCUUUUUUUGUUUUUGUUUUUUUUAAUGCAGAUGUUCUCUUUGCUACGGUUGAACUUUCAGUGAUUUUGAUACAGAAUAUACUCUGCUGUUGUAUUGGGUUCAUAGUAUGUACAUAGAUAAAUGAACUAAUAAUUUCACUUAAGUUAAGGAAGUGCGUGUAAAUACGGUUGUAAAUGACGCCUCACAUAUUUUUAUAUUUUGUAUGGAUAGAAUCAUUUAUGUAUUGAAUGUCUAUCUUGUAGAGAUAGACGAUAACAAAAACAACGUAUGCAUGUGUUACCGGGCUGACCUGCUCCUGCAUUUGGAAUAAAGGAUUAUUUCAGCGAUUAAUUUGAUUGACAGCUGCUGUUUAUCGCUGGAGGGAGCGUGUGCCUGUUCAGCAUUACGGUCUUCUCCAUCUGCUUGGUGCAUACGUGAAUGAUAAUAGGGUGCACAGGUGAAUUAGCAUUACCUGUCUCUCGAGUCUUAAUGUGCAAGAUGGCAGCCACCUUUGUUUUAAACAUUAUUCAAAGACGCUCUGGCGUAUUGCAUCAGCUCUUAAAGUUGGAAACUUCUGCUGACUACUGCCCAUGGGGAUCUGGUGUUACAGUUUGCAUACUAGUUAGUGCACUCAUUCUCGAUAGAGAACUUUUUUUUUUUUUUUUUUGCUUCAGUUGUGAAUUACUGCAAAGCCGCUGCGGUUUUUAAAACGAAGUGAACAGAAGAACGGUAAACAAAUGCCUGUGCUGAACACUAACAAACUUCAUCUGUGUUAUAACGUGUUUUGAAAUAAACGUUGUCUGAUUA